UGGCAUGAGAGAAAGAGUUGUCAGAGUAGAAGAUCUACUUCUAAGGGAUAAAUCAAAGAGUGGGGGUGGUUGUUUUUUUUAAAUUUAAGAUGCGAGCAGUUGAUAUUCAGAUUCUUCUUGUAAUAAUUUUGGGGACUACUGAUUGCCAGAUAAUCCCCAGGAUUGAAGAAUGUGGACUCUCAUGUUCUCAGGGCUUUCAUUGUAAAAGCAAACCUUCCACUGGUAUUUUUAACAGUUUCUGCCGUGAUGCUCCUGCCUCUUUAUCUUCUACUGUAUUGAAAAGCAUGAAGCUUUCAACAGCAAUGAAGUGUGUACAGGGAAGCCAAUGCUCUCUUCACUUAAAUAUUAAAGGGACCCUGAAUCUUGACGAAAAUAUUCGUGGUCUGGAAAUCUGUUCUCUGUCAGUGGACAUGCAGCAGUCUCAGUGUGUGAAUGUGAGAUUUUCUAGAAAAACGAGCAACAAGCUUCUUGGAAGGAAGGUGCAUGUGCAGUUUAAUUGCUUUGAAGUCAAUGUAGCACAACACAUCUAUGUGACCAUGAAAACAAUACCAAAUUAUUGUGAAGUCAAGUUGAGUCAGGAGUACAAUGUUGAAGAUUGCAGGAACAAUGAUGUGAGAAAACAUAUUCCAGUCUGUUUUGCUGGGAAGUUGGAUUAUAAUGUGGACAGGGCGAGGAAAACCAUAUCUGUGAAUGUAUCAGACUUUCUUCAAGACCAAGACUAUUAUGUUCGUUUAUGUCACAAAUGGUUUACCUGUGAAGAUGUGGGGUCAUUUGCUUUGAUAAAAGGGAAGGAGUCUUUGAAGUCAACUUCCUUGCAAUAUUCCCAGUUACUGCCUUGUCUCUGCAUUGAGGGUUGGUCGGCAGUCCCAGAUGCAAGGAGGACACAACUUUGCCCUUUUAAAAAUGAUACAAAGGCACUGUGGGAUAGCAUUGUAUAUAAUCCAGCCACCCAAACACUAGCCUGGGAACCAGCCUGUCCUGUGCACGUCACUGUUAACCUGUGCAGGUUAACAAAGUCAAAUGACCAAUGUGUAGAUCUACAAAACUCAUCAACUACAGCUCCAGAGAAACAGGUAAAAUAUUCCCGCGUAGACACUCAUCCAAGACUUUGCAUGAAGUUUACAACCAAGCAAGGCUCUUGGGUUAGAUGCCCAUUUGCUCAUGGAAAUUUCCCAGCUUGGAAAAUGAGAAUUGCUGCCGGGGCAGAACAGACACAAGUCUCCUUCAUGUCACAAACCAAAGCACAAUUUUCAGUGCUGGUGUGUAACAAGGCACAGCUGUCUUCAUGUGACUCUGUUGGGAUACGCCACUCAGUCUCAGCGGGUGACUCUCAUCCCACAUCUGUCAAUAUUUCAGGUGAAAUAUGUGGCUCACAAGUUUGCAUUCAGGGCUGGAGGACAGAUGUAGAUUAUUCUGUUCCACUACAGAUCUGUGAUAUCCAAUGCACAUUAUCUUCCCAGAGUCAAGAAGAUGAUGAAAACGCCGUAAGGAUCAUGUUGCUGACAGCAAUCAUUUUAAUCCUGGUGACAAUGAUGGCUCUCCUUGGACAUCAAAUUUUAACAGUUUUUCACAGAAAGAAACAUGAAGGCAGAAGUCCAGCACAGAUCAUAAGGCAGAGUUUCUCCACUAGAGUGAAGAGUACCUCUUCCUUGCAUUGAUGAUGGUGGCUGGUGAAUUUAGCAGAACCCUUUCAAGAUCCUCAACGUCCUUCUCAAUAUCAGGUUGACUUUACAUGUUACUUGCAAACCCUUGUACACACGAGUAGUCCGCUCUCAUGCAAAUAGACUUUGGUAGGACUAUUCACAAGUAUAAAAGGCUUUACAAGCUCAGAGUGUACCAUUUUAACUUCUUCAAAUGAAGGAGCAUCACAUAGUCUGUUUGCCUAUAUCUCAAGAACAGAAAAGGUUGGUUAGAUCAUGUGGGUAGAGAAUCUGGCCCACAUUUUCCUGUGAAAUGAAUGGUUUAUUGAAGA